GAUCAAUUUGCCACUUCCAUUUGACGCAUAUCUCUGCCAUUAGACAUUAUGAGUUCUUUGAAGAACAUUGUUUGGGUUGGGACAGGGAAAGUUGGCCUUCCAUUGUUGGAAAAAGUCAUCGCCACAGGCAACUACAACAUCAGGUUGCUCCUUCGAAAUCCCUUAUCCACCUAUUCUGGUCUCCCACAAGGGCUCUCAUCUAUCCACCAAGUGGACUACACCGACCAAAAGUCUCUUGCAGAUUACCUCCGUGGUCAAGAUGCCGUCAUCGUGUUCACAAGCUUUCUGCCAGGAAACGGUCUAGACACAAAGCAUAUUGCGCUUGUCAAUGCUGCCAUCGAUGCUGGUGUGAAGUACUUCAUUCCUUCAGAGUGGGCAUUGGACACAGCUGGGAUUAUGGGAAGCACAGUUGAUAGGCAUGGGCCUACAUUACCAACCGAUAUUGUUCUAGCACCAAAACGUGUGAGCCAUAACUACCUUCUGUGCCGUGCAGCGGAGGGAAAGAUAAGAUUUGCAGUGGUUUAUCCAGGAGUCAUCUUCGAGAAUGGCUUCAAAACCGGAAUCCUUGGCUUUGAUUUCGCCGCUCGUACCGCAAUGCUCCCAGAUAAUGGCAUCAAUCCCUUCCCGGCAUCCACUCUUUCUACCAUCUCCAAAGUCAUCAUAUCGCUCUUCGCAAACCCUUCUCUUAUAUCCAAUCGAUUCUAUCACGUGGCAGACGGUGUGCUUACUCAACAAGAGAUCCUUCAAGUCAUUGAAAAGGAAUCCGGAGCGUCAUGGAUGAGGAAUUCGUACUCGACACAGACAGUACGAAGUAACGCGGUAGAGAAUAUAGCAAAAGGCGUAUAUGGGCGAAAAGAAUUCGUAGAGAGCCUCAUGACGCCAUUCUUUGGGGGCCUACAGGUGUUUACAAAAGUAGACAAUGAGAAACUCGGCAUUACAUAUGGGGAGGUAGACUUGAGGGAAGAAGUUGCAAGGGUGGUUAGACCCCAGCUGCAGUAG